AUGGCAUCCUACAGACCUCACGAAGGAAAACUGGGCAUCGUCACCGGCGGCUCUCGAGGAAUCGGUGAGGCGGUCGUCAGACGCCUAGCAGCCAAGGGCUGCAAUCUCCUGAUCGUCUACACAUCAAACUCAUCCACAGAACUCACAGAGAAAAUCUCAUCCGAGCUCUCAACAACCCACAACAUCCACAUUUCCAGCGUCCAGGCUGAUCUCACGGAUCCCGUCGGCGCAACGCCAAAGAUCGUUGCUGGCGCAAAGGCAUUCUACAAAUCCUACACUGCGCGCAGCAGGAGUAGCAAAGAAGAAUUGCAAGUUGAUAUUCUGAUCAACAACGCCGGUGUGGGAUCUAACCAGUUUCUCAAUGAUGCGACGAAGGGCCCUAUUGAUGUGACGGAGUAUAAUCGCGUGUAUAAUGUCAAUGUGCUCGCGCCGCUGUUGCUUACCCAGGCACUUGCGCCUUUCCUGCCAACGGAUCGGUCGGGAAGGAUCGUGAAUGUGUCCAGUGUCUCAUCCUCAAUCGGAUACGAGGGUCAGUCCGUGUAUGCAGGUACCAAAGCGGCACUGGAAGCUAUGACGCGCUGCUGGAGUCGCGAGUUAUACGACAAGGCCACCGUCAACGCGGUCAACCCUGGCCCCGCAUGGGGCGACAUGUAUGCGCAGGCAGGCGAGAAGUUUUGGAAAAUCAAUCAGCCUUAUGUCGAUGCUGCGCCGUUGGCGGCUUAUAAUGGGGAAGAGGCUGUGCUGAAGGCGGCAGGUGAUGAUGCGGAGAGGUUCGAUAAGACUGUCAGAGAAGGGAUGGGUGGUAGAAGGCCUGGGUUUACAAGUGAGAUUGCGGGCACGAUUGUUAUGCUGUGUACGGAGGAGAGUGGGUGGACUACCGGCAGUGUGGUUUGUGCGAAUGGCGGUAUGAAGAUGUCGAUUGCAUAG